AAAACCUCAUGUCUCAAUCUUUCACAUACCAAAACUAUAUAAUAUAUUCAUAAAUCAAAUAUAUAUUAUUUUGUUUAUAUAUAUAAAAAAAAAUUCUCCACCUUUUUUCUCUGUCAAGUCCAUGGAAGGUCAAGAAAGAGAAGGAACUUGAAUUGAGGUCAGUGUCCAUUCUUCAUUUGUUUAUUUUAUCUUUAAACAAAAAAUGAAGUCACUUUCUUGAAUCAAGGAAAACAUGAAGGCUGGGAAAUUUCGCUCUAAAUUUAUGUUCAUGAAGUUCUAUUCUGGUUCAAUGGCUUAUUUCCUUUUUGUCAUAGCUAUUCUUUUACCUUGCGCUAUUGCGGAUCUUAAUUCCGACAAGCAGGCCCUUCUUGAUUUUAUCAAUGCUGUGCCGCAUCGUCGAAACCUGAUGUGGAAUGCAUCCGCCUCAAUCUGUACAUCUUGGGUUGGCAUUACUUGCAAUGAAGAUAGAACUCGGGUUGCUAGUGUCCGGCUCCCUGGAGUCGGACUAGUUGGCUCGAUUCCGUCAAACACACUCGGAAAGCUAGAUGCUGUUAAAAUAAUCAGCCUUCGUUCCAACCUGCUCGGUGGAAACCUGCCGGCUGACAUUGCUUCGCUUCCGUCUCUUCAGUAUCUCUACCUCCAGCAUAAUAACUUUUCCGGAGAUAUUCCUACCUCGUUGUCACCUCAACUAGUUGUUCUUGAUUUGUCUUAUAAUUCUUUCGCCGGAAGAAUUCCGAAGGCGUUACAAAAUUUGACAGAACUGAGUAGUUUGAAUCUCCAAAACAACUCGCUAUCUGGAAGCAUACCAAAUCUCAAUCUUACCAAGCAUGGUCAUUUGAACUUAAGCUACAACAAUUUGAGUGGACCUAUCCCUUCAAAUCUCCGUAUUUAUCCUAAUUCGUCGUUUGAAGGAAACUCUGGUUUAUGCGGAUUGCCUCUAAAGCCAUGUUCUACAGUUCCACCUCCUCCUGCCUUGACUCCUACUCCAUCAUCUGCUCCGGGAAAAGGCAGCUCCAAAAAUAAAUUGAGUAAGGUAGCUAUCAUCGCCAUUGCGGUUGGUGGAGCCAUGCUGCUAUUUUUUGUAGUUCUUGUUAUUGUUCUUUGCUGUUUGAAGAAAGACGGUGAUGAUGAUGGAGGCUCUAGAGAAGUUAAAACGAAGGGUCCUAGUGGUGGCGGCGGUGGUGGUAGAGGCGAGAAGCCGAAAGAAGAGUUUGGUAGUGGAGUGCAAGAACCUGAGAAGAAUAAGUUGGUUUUCUUUGAGGGAAGUUCUUAUAAUUUUGAUCUCGAAGACUUGCUGAGAGCUUCAGCUGAAGUUCUUGGAAAAGGUAGCUAUGGUACCUCAUAUAAGGCUAUAUUGGAGGAGUCUAUGACAGUUGUGGUGAAAAGGCUGAAAGAAGUUGUGGUUGGCAAAAAGGAAUUUGAACAACAGAUGGAAAUUAUGGGAAGGGUUGGACAACACCCGAACGCCAUACCGCUUCGUGCUUAUUACUAUUCGAAAGAUGAAAAGCUUCUGGUUUAUGACCAUGUCCCUGCUGGCAACCUAUCCACACUCUUGCAUGGCAGUCGAGGAGGCGGAAGAAAUCCAUUAGAUUGGGAAUCGAGAGUAAAAAUAUCCCUUGGAACUGCGAGAGGAGUCGCGCACAUUCAUUCUGUCGGCGGUCCAAAGUUCACACAUGGAAAUAUCAAGUCUUCAAACGUCCUCCUCAACCAAGAUAACGACGGCUGCAUUUCUGAUUUCGGCCUAACCUCACUUAUGAAUGUUCCUGCAAACCCUUCUAGAGCUGCAGGUUACCGCGCUCCCGAGGUGAUUGAAACCCGAAAGCACUCUCAUAAAUCAGACGUCUACAGCUUUGGUGUUCUCCUCCUAGAGAUGCUCACAGGGAAAGCGCCUCUUCAAUCACCAGGUCGCGACGAUAUGGUUGAUCUCCCUAGAUGGGUCCAAUCCGUCGUUCGGGAGGAAUGGACAGCCGAGGUUUUCGACGUCGAGCUAAUGAGCUACCAAAACAUCGAAGAAGAAAUGGUGCAAAUGUUGCAAAUAGCCAUGGCAUGUGUGGCGAAAAUGCCUGAUAUGAGACCAAACAUGGACGAAGUGGUGAGAAUGAUCGAAGAAAUCCGGCUAUCUGACUCAGAGAACCGACCAUCUUCGGAAGAGAAUAAAUCUAAGGACUCAAAUGUUCAAACUCCUUAGAUUGAUUAACUAUGGUCUUUUUUUCUUAACAAGGUAUAUAAGAGUGCAUGCUUAGACAUGAAGGUUUCUUAAACUUUAUUCAUUUCAAACCUUUUCUAUGUCCAAUUGUUCAAUAUUUCUCAUAGAUGGAGUUCCUUUAGUUAUUUAUUUUCUUUGAAUGAAUUCUUAUGUAUUAAUUAACAUCAUGAUUCAAUUGAUGAUCUUGAUUCUAGUACAAUUUCU